AUGGCCACCCUUUGUUCUACGACCGAUUCAGUCAAGCUGACACGAGCAAGUCGAUCUCGCUCUCGAUCGCGAUCACCUUCUCAUCGUCAUUCAAAAGAUAAAGAUAAUGAAAGAAGGUCAAACCACCGUAGACGUAGAUCUAGAUCAGGAUCGUAUAGCUCAUCUGGCUCGUCGGACUCUGAAAGUGAGAGUGAGAGUGAGAGCGAGGAUGAAAGGAGGCGCAGGAAAAGGAAAGAACGAGAAAGGAGAAGAGACAAGGAAGAUAGAGAAGAGAGGAGGCGAAGAAAAGAGAAGAAGAAGGAGAAGAAGGCCAAGAAAGAUAAAAAGAGAAAGGGUACAGCCUCGUCAACAGCUAAAUGGGGACAAUAUGGGAUAAUAUCCGAGAUUGAUCUUCCAAAGAAAGACUCUGAAUUCCGAGCAUGGCUGGUCGAAGAGCGAAAAAUCAAUCCUGAGACCAUAUCGAAAGAUAGAACCAAGAAAGAAUUUGCCGUUUUUGUCGAGGACUACAAUACAGCUACGCUUCCACAUGAAAAGUACUACGAUAUGAGCAAAUACGAAUUCAAGAUGAACAUGAUACGAUCCGGUCAAACUCUUCCGGACGAAAGUGGAGGAUAUGACCCGUUGGCCGAUAUGAAGGCUCAUUCAUCGAGCUUGAGAACUUCGGCACCCAAGGAAAAAGAGACGUUCUUGUCCAAAGAGAAAAUAGCAGAGUUGAGAAGAGUAGAAGCUGAACGUACUGAGAUUGCCAAACGCAGACAAAUGGGUUUGGAUGUUAAUAAGAAUUUGGGAGUCAGGAUGGAGGAUCGCUUGUAG